GCAUCUCUGGACCGUUCGCCAUCUACGAUGUGAUGGCCUGUGCCAGGGAUCAGGACACGUACUACCAGUACAAAGUUGGCGAAAGUCCCUGGAUUCCGGGAUCCUUGCUCAACGACAUGGUGAACAGCGGCUUCCCGUUCAAGAACCUCUUCACCUGCGACGUGCCGAGCCGCUGUGAUGGUGGCUG